AUAUUCGAUAAUGUUGAUACUAUCGUGAGCGGUCACCCAGCUCUAGCACGUAGUCAAAAUGAGGUUUUUUUCCGGCGUUUUUCUAAUUUUAUUAAUUAAACUUUUCCAAAAUGCCAACGCCGGCGAAGUGGAAGUCGUCGGCUGCGGAGGAUUCAUCAAGAGCCACGCCGAGAUUGACUUUUCCCGGGUGGAGAUCAAACUGCUGACCAAGCAGGGAUCUCUGAAGGAUAAGACUGAUUGCUCACCUUCCAAUGGAUAUUACUUUCUCCCCAUUUAUGAUAAGGGCGACUACCUGCUUAGCAUUUCUCCGCCACCGGGAUGGAGUUUUGAGCCGGAACAGGUGGAGCUGAACUUUGACGGAAAAACAGACGUUUGCAGCCAGGGUCGCGAUGUGAACUUUGUGUUCAAGGGCUUCGGAAUUACCGGACAGGUGGCACUCGCCUCCGGUGGCGGAGCCCAUGACGUGGACGUGGAACUGCAAUCGGAGAAGGGCGAAGUCCGACGCACUAAGAGCGAUUCAAACGGUGUCUUCUCCUUUACACCCAUUAUUCCUGGAAACUACAUAGUCAAGGCUUCUCAUUCAAGAUGGCAUUUCUCCAAGGCGGAGCACAAGGUGGUUGUGGUCAGCGGCAACACAGAGCUGCCAGCUAACUCCCUCGUGGUCUCCGGUUUCGAUAUCGUCGGUCGCUUCGAUUCUAGCUCACAGCUUCCCGGAAACCUGGGCGUGGCUCUCUACAAAAAGAGAGGACAAUCUCUAGUGCCAAAAUGCGAGAAAUCCUCCACAGUGCAGGCAAAUAAUGUUCAUGCCGACUACGAAUCUGGAUCCUCCUGCUUCUCAAAGUUGGAAAAAUCUGGAGAAUAUAUUUUCAAGAAUGUACCUUCCGGCAUAUACCUGUUGAGGGCUAUAAACCUGGAUCCCAAGCUUAAGCUGCACUUAAGUCCUGAGUACUUUGAACUAGAAGUUGUUAAGGAUACGUUGCAAUUAAAAGAGGACUUCAAGAUUACUGGUUUCUCAGUUUCUGGUCAGGUUUUGACCUCGGCCGGUGGAGAGCCUCUGAAAUCUGCAGUUAUUAAAGUGAACGGAAAGAAUGUGGCCGAGACAGAUGCGAAGGGAUUUUAUACUUUGGAAAACCUUAAGGCGGGCGCUGUCUUCAUCGAAGCUGAGUACUCCCAGCUUCAGUUUUCUCCUCUGAAUGUCAAAGCUCAGAUAAACAUUGGCUCACUGCCUACAAUUGUUCCAUCUGCUUAUGAAGUUUGUGGCAAAGUAAUCUCCCCAAAAUCUCACAACGUUGGACUGACUAAGAGUGGCUCCACCUUCCACACGACCGCCACCACAAAGGCAGAGACGGGAAGCUGGUGUGCUUUCCUUCCCACUGGCAAAUACACCAUUGAAGUCCUGACCACAGAUGCCGACAAAGCGGCCGGAGUUCAGUUCUUCCCUGUACAACAGCAAACGGAGGUGCGCGAUUCACCUGUUAAUGGCAUUACAUUCUCCCAGUUGCGUGCCAAGAUUCGCGGCGAACUUCAGUGUCUUUCUGAUGCUACUGCCACUUGUACAUCCGCUGAGGUCACCCUGCAGGCUUUGGAUGCCACCGGCCAGCCGACAGAGAACAAGUGGAAGGCCAAAGCUCAUCGUGGCAAGUAUGUCUUUAAGGAUAUGCUCCCAGGACCCUAUGAACUCACAAUUCCCCAGGGAAAUCUUUGCUAUGAGUCAACCCGAGUGUUCCUUAACGUGGCCUCUGCUGAAGAAGAUGCACCACCAUUUGUGCACAAGGGCUACGAAGUGUCGAUCAUCUCCAGCCAUCGGGCUUUGAUGAAAUACACACACGUCACUGGACCCUCUGAUCCUAAGGCUCCCACGGAAACACUGAAGAUUGCUUCAGGAGUGAACACCUUCUGCGUGAACAAGUAUGGUAGCUACGAUUUCAAGCUGGAAGGAUGCCAUACGUAUGACAGUUCGCUGCCCAGCAAGUUCAUAACUCCAGAGCCAGAUCAGCUGCAAACCUUGAUCAUCAACGCUGUGGCCCACAAGACUGGCGUUCGUGUUCUGUCUACAGAACCUACUGCUGACUCCAUUAAGCUUGUGCUCGAAACAGAGUCGCAGGGUCAGGAGGUGAUCACACCCAUUGCUGAAUCCCAUAAAGUAGAUGGCAAGUUCGCCUACCGUUAUGAUACAUAUUUGAAACCGGAACAGGUACUUCGCAUUACACCGGUGAGCGAUGUCCUGCUGUUUACGCCUCAGCAACAAGAGAUUGUUGGUAGCAGCGAUUGUGUGGAUAUUGCCUUUAAUUUUGUAGCCGCAAGGGGUUUGAUUCUGCGCGGAAAGGUGGUUCCUGCGAUUAAGGAUGCCAAGAUCACACUGUCUUUCCCAGAUCAACCUGAAUUGCAAAGCCUGGAAGUACUCACCUCAGUGACUGGAGAAUUUAAAUUUGGUCCCAUUGAGGAGUCUUUGGCCUUCGAUCUUAAAGCCGAAAAGGAGUCGUAUGUGUUUAGCGAUUACAACCGGCAGUCUGCUUCCUUCAGUGCCCACAAAUUGUGCGAAAUUUCCGUGGUUGUCAAAGAUGAGGCUGGCCAAACUUUGGGCGGAGUCCUCCUCUCGCUGAGUGGCGGCGAAAGCUAUCGCAAGAAUCUGGUUACCGGCGAUAAUGGUGCUAUUAACUUCCACUCCCUAUCGCCGUCGCAAUAUUACUUGCGACCAAUGAUGAAGGAGUACAAAUUCGAGCCCAACUCCAAGAUGAUUGAGAUCAAGGAUGGCGAGACCGUUGCUGUUACCCUCAUUGGCAAACGCUAUGCUUACUCCAUAUUCGGCUCAGUGUCUUCUUUGAAUGGUGAUCCCUUUGCCGGUGUGAAUGUUCAAGCCACCGCCGAGGAGGGUUGUCCCCAACAGCAAGAGGAGGCCACCAGCGAGGCGAACGGACAGUACCGUAUCCGCGGUCUGCAACCUGGUUGUAGUUAUUCCGUUCGCGUGGUCCCUGACAAUGACAACGUGGAGCGAUCCAUUCCCGCUCAGCACUCGGUGAAGGUGGGCAGCGAGGAUGUGCGCGACAUAAAUCUGGUAGCGAUUAGUCCUCUCAAAAUUGUAGACAUCACCGCCAGGGUAACAGCCACACUUAACGAGCACUACAAGACCCUGCGCAUUGUGAUGUAUCGCAGAGGAAACUCUGAUUCCCCAGUAUUCUCGCAACGUGUUGGAACUCCAGUGAAUCCGAAGGCCAGACUGAAUCCUGGCAUCACCGUUUUCUUCCCGCGCAUUCCUCUGGACGGCAAGAGCUACGUGGUAGAACUGCAGUCCACCCUCUCCGAUAAAACUUAUACCUACAAGCUGCCAUCAUCUACUUUUGUGGCUGACAGGGGGUCCGUCUUUAUCCAGCUGGAAUUCAAGCCAGAGGUGCGCGCCGCCGAAGCGGAUCUCAAUCAAAAUUCCAUCUCAGCGUUAGUGCUCAUCGCUCUGGUGGCCAUUGCCUUCUUCAAGCAGGAUCUGGCAACCAGUUUCCUCAGCUUCGUAUGGAGCAAGCUUAACGAUGUGGCCGCUGAUCUUGCCCAACGACAGAAGAGCAAGACUCAGGUGCGCAAGAACGAACCGAUCAACCAACGCGAGAUCGAGCAGAUGGCCGACCAGAUCAAUGCCAUCAAAAAGAAAAAGACCAAGAAGAUUUAGUCCCGACUGAUAGUCGCAUUAGUUGAUCAAUUUAGUCACAUUUCGAGGUAUUCGCGGUAGGUAUUCAUCUGGUUUUGUUUUCUGUGAGAUUUUGUUUAACUCUGUUGUAACUUAAACUUUUAAUUUUGAUUUGCAUUUAAGAAGACUUUGAAAUUUAUCAUUUUCCAUACAUAGAUUGAGGCAAGUUUAUUUUGUGUUCGUUAUCCACUCUUAUAGCUAAAAUAAAUAAAUACAAAUAAAUAGAUUAA